UAAACCAGGUGUUAAAUUACCUUCAUAUACAAUACACAUAUUAUAACAAGGGAUAUUUGAUAUUCUGUGGCUUGAAUAAUAAUGAGGAGUCUAACCCAAGGAGACUGUACAGUUAAGUAUGUGAUUGAAUAACCAUCUAUCAAGGGCAGAAGGAAGUCGUAGAAUUUGAUGGGACAUGAUCGAGUAAUAAAAAAUCUAGCCCAGUGUUGUGUGAAUUGUAUUACAAAGAUGUGUUAUUUACCUUGCAUGUAUGGAGAUUGGGGCCUAUAAUGAGAUAUAUGUGUCCAGGCAUCCAUUAAAUAAAUGUGGAAUUUAUGGGAAUUAAUGCCCUUUUAAUUGUUGUUGUAGAGUGCCCUAGGAAUUUUCAGUCUUGCCUUAUAAUAUAUCUUCUUGGUCUUAAGGUCCUGCUAUUCAUUCUGAGCCUGCUUAUCAGGCCAAGUUCCAGUGUCUUGAGGAUUUUUGUAGAAAUCAGUUUUCUGGUAGAUAUUUACCAGGAAAUGGGUUUCUUGGUUACUCUCUAUUAUAAAACAAUAUGCGUGAUGUGUCAGUAGCAUACCAUGUCCGAUGAACGAGAGGCUCUUGUCAUUACGACCACUGGAAUGUGAGAGAGAUGACGUUCUUAAAACACAUUUCGUAGGAGUGAGAAAAAACAUGGACAUAAAAAAAAUCAGUGUUCGACAUGACAUGAACGUAGCAUAGAUUUCUAUAAUACAGGAGGUUUUUAAGCUGUGCACUUUAAUGCGGUAUUUACCCUGAAUAUUCAUGUGAAUGAAGGAUAUCAACUCUUGGAUGGUUAAAAUUACAUGCUGUGUUUACUUUUGAUGAGUGUACAUUGCUUCAAAACAGGUCUUGUGAGUUUUGUGAUCAAAGAUGCACGUCACAAACCGUGUUUUUCUUUAUCCAUUAACAUAUGAAUGUGACAGAGUCAGUAUAGAAAAGUUGUUCUGGAAUACAUGUAAAUACAACUUUGAUGGUUAGGCAAUGUGAUAGUAAAUAAAUAUGGAUAAUAAGUCAAAGAAAGAUCGGCGACAAGCCAUUCGGAGAAAAGGAUUUACAUGGACAAACAAAUCGGCGACUCUGUCAGGAACUGGAUGUACCAAUGGCCACUGGUACAGCGACGAGGAACUGUCACCCACAAGGGCUGUCUUCAGAUGUUCCUCCUUGGAUUUAGCCCCCUCCUUGCUCUCCAUCUUUGACAGUUUAGCAUCUGAAAACAAUCUCACUUCAGUAGAUGGGAACCCUGAGGAGAGCCAAAUUGGAACACAGGACUCAAAUACAUCAUGUCAAGGACUUCCCUUGGCAGUUCCGGUGACAGUGCAUAAAUGUGACACACCUGGUUCAGACUCCAUUAUGGAGGCUGAAGGUCAAGGUAAAGUUUUACUGUCUGAGAACAAUGACCUUGACCUUAGUGAUUGUAAGAAACGACCUUUGAGUGAAGGCUCAGGGUCAUCUUCAUCGUCGAUUUCACAUCAUGUGGUUAAAAGACCAAACCUUUGUUCUACUGACCCAAGUCCAUCCUCAGUAGAUCCUAUUCUGUAUAUUGAUGAUGACAAUCAGGACCAGACCAUUAUCAAAGAAAAGCCAGCUCAAAGUAUUCCAGGAAUUUCUGUGAGUGAUGUGUCAUCAGACAAAAUCUUAGAGCAGGGACCAGAAUCUUGUAAACUUGUGAUAUCCCCAAACCAGUCUCAUACAGUUUUAGUAGACCCAGAGAAAGAACCAAAGUCUGAAGAUAGUUUUUCUCCUCAAACUCCCAAAACUGCCACGGAUGUGCAGAAUAUCCAGAAUUUGUCCUCUGUCUCAAUACCCCCCAACUCCCUUACACUUCCAUCGUCACUCAGUUGUCCAAGCAUCUCGUCUUCAGGCUCUUCAUCCCUUGUCUCAGUGAACUCUGGUUCCCCGCUUCCAUCCGCAUCACAGAAAACUGGUACUCCGUCUUCAGCUCAGCUCAAACCGCUGGACUCGCCGACCAAAUACGUCACCAGGGUUCAGCGGGUCAUCGCCGAAAUUGUGGACACAGAGAGAACUUAUGUCUCCAGCCUCAAAGAGAUUAUUCAGGGAUACAUGAAUUAUCUGAAAGGAUCAACACAUCUCCAUCUUUCAGCAGAUGACAAAGAUCGAUUGUUUGGGAAUUUAUUACAAAUCUACGAAUUUAGUAGGCAAUUUCUAGUGGAGUUAGAAGAAUGUGAUGACAAUGCAGCACAGAUUGCCGAGUGCUUUGUGCGGAACAAUGAAGGCUUCUCCGUGUACACAAACUACUGCACAAAUUACCCCAGUGCCGUGGAGAUUCUGACCCGGGUGAUGAAAGAUGCCGAUUUGUCGGAGAUUUUUAAGACCCUGCAAUCACUCCUGAAUCACAACCUUCCUCUGGGGGCGUACCUGCUGAAACCUGUCCAGAGAAUCCUCAAAUACCACCUCCUGUUGCAUAACAUAGUGAAGAAUUAUGACAAGGCGGAGGAUGGGUACGAGGUCGUAGUCCAUGCCCUGGACCAGAUGACUGGGCGUGCUCAGCACAUCAACGAAAUGAAGCGCAAGCACGAGCAUGCAGUCCGAGUCCAAGAAAUCCAGAGUACACUGGAGGAGUAUGAGGGAGAGGAUCUCACCACCCUGGGGGAACUUGUCUUAGAGGGAGCUUUCCAUGUUUAUGGGGCAAAGACAUCCAGACAGGUCUUCUUGUUUGAGAAAGGAGUUGUGAUUGCAAAGAAGAAAGAAGAUUCCAUGCUUAGCUGCAAAAUUUUCAUCUUGUGUUCUAACCUAAUGUUGGUUGAGAGCGUCCCCAAGGAGCCUCUUAGUUUCCAGGUGAUUCCCUUCGAUAACCCCAGAGGACAACACACUCUCCAGGCAAGAAAUUUGGAUCAAAAGCGUAAAUGGUGUCAAGAAAUCAAACGCUUGAUCUUAGAGAGUUACAAGGAGAAAAUUCCAGAAAAAGUCAAAGGUCUUGUAAUGCAGCUCGGCAAAAGUAAACAAGAGGAAAAUGUAGAUUCUGGGACACCAAAGAAAUUUCACCACCAGAAUGCCCCAGAGUACCUGGAAAGGAGACAAAAACUGAGGAGGAAGUCCGGGGGAAAUAUUCUGUCAGACAUCUUAAAACCACAGCGAGCCAGAAGGAACCAUAAACGCAAUGAAUCAGAAAGCCCUAGAACCUCUCCCACGGAGAGAAGGAAAUUCCCUGGGUCGUCACCAGCCCUGGGUAAACAGCAGGGGACAGAAACUAGUGAGACCACCAAGACUGGAAGAAAAAGCAAGGAGGAAAAUGCUAAUACUGUUAAAAAGACGCAAUUGAAACGAGAAUUUUCUUCCCCUGUGAGUCGUAGCACAAGUUUUCGCAAUGCUGUCAGGAAACAACCGCUCACUUCAGUGGGCUCCAGUGAUGACAUAAUGGCUGAUACCAACUCUAACAAGACAACAGAAACAUCACCCUCCAAAAGGACUCAAAGUUUCCGCCUUGCCACUCGACUAUAUCCAGUCCUCAAAAACGAAGUUGCUAGCCAUUCCGCUUCCUCUUUACCGGGAACCUCACUGGUUCAAUGCAAAGAGGAAUUGCCCCCUUCUUCAACUGAAGAUGAAGUGUUUGCUUCUGGUGAAUCAAAUGUGGACCAAAGAUACUGCAGCAUGCCAGCCUUAGCUAAACCUCAGUCACCCUCCAUUAACGGUUCAAGUGUGCAGGGCAGCGACAGCCAUUUAACUCGCAGACUGAGUAGCAACAGUUUCAACUUUGGCAGUCCCUCCAAAAAGGUCAUUGGUGUCAGGCAGUACUUCUCCAGACCCAAAGAAAACCUUGAAAAUUCUCAAAGCUUAAGACAGGAAAGUAAAACUGUGACUGCAUUUCAUGAUUCGUUUUUGAAAAAAGCAGCAGAAAAUUCCCCGGAGAGAUCGCCUAAGCUUUACCCCAGGACAAUAUCACUAACUAAACCCCUCUCUGUCAGCAGCAUGUUGCAGUCUCAGCCAAAACCACAGAUUUCAAGUGAAAAGGAAAAUGAGGAUCCAUGGGUUGUGAACACUAAAGCAGCGACUGAGGACCCCCUUAAUUCAAGUUCUUCUUCUGUUGGACAAUACAAACUCAAGCGCUCUCCAUUAAGGAAGAAAUCACACCAAAGGUCCCGCUCUGUGGAUUUUGAGGCAGAUGAAGAAUCAAGGAAUUUUGACUGGAUAGUUUAUGCCAAUAGAAACUCUCUGCCUCUAUCAGGAAUUCCAAAGGGAGGUGUUUCUCAUCACGAGGGGUCUCUUGACCCAGAAAGUGAAAAUCUUGCAUCCCAAUCACAUGCCCGGUCGAAAUCAUUCGAUGAUUCUCUAAGAGUUCCAAAUCCUGUGUUAAAUGAAAGUGCGACCACGCCCUCUUUCAGGUCAGCAAAUAAAGAGAACUAUUCACACAGUUACAGUCAGCUGCAAUCAAAUUCUCAAGGAUCUCAAAAAUUUCAAAGAAGUUACUCCUCUACUAUCCCCUCUAGAGAGACAAAUCAUUCUUUUCCCACAGCUCUAGGUUCACAAGAAAAGCCUUAUCCUUUAUCAUAUAUUUAUGGUGCUUAUACAACUUCAGGUCCAGAAACUGUUAGUUCAUGUAGUAACAUGUGGCCAGGUAGUUACUUACGAACACCUAGUUACUUUGAUCAGUCAGGAGAUGUAUCCCACGAUACACCUUUAGAGGAAGAUGCAUCUUUCCUGUCUUCACUUCCUGUGAUAGUGAGAAAGGUGGAACAGCCGCCCCAUUCUAAACUUUCUCGUUCCUAUUCCACACCCUGUGCUCAGACGGCAAAGAUUCAUGGAGCACGGCCUCAGUCUUGUAAUAUGAAUAUGAAUGACCACGAGAAACUUGUCGCCGAGAUGGAAGAUUACAUGAAGAAAUCUGAUUCCAACAUCACACUGUGCUCGCAGCAGAGGUUUCCUGUGCCGAACAUGGAAGACAGUCGUAACGAUCUAUCAGUUCGGUUUUCUUAUGCAUCCACAAUAUCUGGAUCAUCUUACGAAAGCUCUGAAAGUUUAACGGACAAUCAAAGCUCAGAGAGCAUCAUUGAUUCCUGGCAGCCCAAACCAAAUGUGAAAGAGAAUGUUAACCGUAGGUCUGGUUCCUAUGACAACACUGCUCCUGAUGCUCAUAGUGAAGCAAACAAGUCUAGUAUAUGGUCAUUAAAUUCCUGGUUUAAUGCUUCCAGAAGAGAAUCUCCUCCAGAUCUUCAGUCUGUUUUGCAUGCUGGAGAGCUAGGUAGUGAAAGUAUUGGAUCUAGAAUGGCCAAUCAGGAACCACUUUAUGCUGAAUUGCCAAACCAUCCCUUGAGUUCAGAAUCUCAGAGUUUUAACAAUGUGUCAGUUUCUGUAAGGGCAGAGACCGUACAAGAUGAACCAGUGAAUUUAAAGCAGUGUGAUUCAGCAUAUUCCAUUCAGAGUGAGGAGGAAGAAACUAGCAAGUCAAAAGGACCUACCAUAUCUCGAGCAGAUAGUUUUUAUGAGAAAAGACUCUCCAUGGCUUUCAAUGAUAGUGAAGUGUUUCGUGAUUCAGCCGUUUUCUGUGAUAUUGACUCUACAGAACUGUCACCUGAAGUAAAAUAUGAAAAAGAACCUCCUUUCAGAAGUUCAGUUGACAUUGAUUUUGAAAGAGAGGGCCGAAAAAAAAGACAGCCAGUCAAGCAGUAUGUAAAGGAAUUGGAAGAGCAACAAAGAUCAAAAUCAGCAGAAAAAGUGACUGUUCGACAUCGAGAACCUGGACUAAUCAUAAGGCAAAAAAUGGAGAGCCUGGAAAAGCAGGCAAUGAGGAGCCAAAGCUGUUCUAGACCAAAUAGUAUCGAGAGAGAUCUCCGACGAAGUUCGACUCCUGGACGUAGCAUCUCCAUCAGCCCAGCGCGAGAUUUUCGCCGUAGCUCUACCCCCUCUCGCAGUAUGACAGAGAGUCCCAUCUUGGAAAAUGACUCAAAUAGGAAAUCAACAGGCAGCUGGUUCUCACUACCGCAAAGUUCUGAAAAGGCUGACAGCAAAACUGAAGACAACAGGACAUCUGCAAGAACAUCCAGCACAAAAUCACCAGUUACCAGACCACCCUUCAGGAACCGUUCAAUCAGUCAGGACAGGGCCGGCUCUCAGAGGAACUCUUUUGUGCUCUCCAGUGACCAUUCUUCGCAGGGCAGUACCUCAUCUCUCCACACCGGUCGGACAUUCAGAUCGCGGUUUCUGAGUGAGGACAGUAGUAAAGCACCUCUGCGUCUCAGUCUUCCAAGAUCCAAUGUGAACGCUAGUCUCGAGGAUAUUUCAUCGGACCGGUACUACCAGCGUGAGCGAUCUGCACCACCCUUCAGUGACCAGCUGUCCAGUCAAAGGACCAGUGGGAUGAAACACUCCCUGUCUCUGGGGAGACUGGACAGUCUCAGUACGGACAUUGAUAACCUUGUCAUCAUGAAGGGCUGGGUCAGACAGCUCAUUGAAAAAUUCCAACCCAAAUCUGAUGAUGUGUGAUAAUGUACAAUACAAUGUUCUUUGCCUAAUUUUAAGCAUAUUUAUACUGUCAAUAACUGAAUGUUUUAUACCUUAUACAGUUUUUUUUUUAAAUCAAAUUUGAUAUGUCCUCUUUUUUGUCAAAUGGUUGUGACUAUUACAUAACACUGCGCCAUUUCUACUUACAAAAAUAAUAUUCACAUUCAUAAACAUGCAAUUCCUGUGCAAGAUUUGUGUUUUGCUUUUAAUUUCAGUACCUAUGUUAGACCACUAACAGGUUAAUAGCUGUGAUAUAAUUCAUUGACACUAUUGAGUUAUCUUUCUUAUGUUAACUCUCUUUUUUUUUUUAUUAAAUCCUAUUUGCUUGGCUCUUAGUUAUAAGUGGAGUUACUUUCUAGACACGAAAUAAUCAUAAACUAGUGAUUAUCAUGUAAUGUUUUUAUUCAUUGUCCUACAGUAAUUGCCUUAUGAACAUGCAAAUGUCUCAAUGUGAUUAGUAAGUGCUAUUCAGAAGUGCGCUGUACAUAAGGAACAGAUGAAUACAUAAGAUCAUGAAUGUGCAAUCUGUAAAGUUCUGUAACGGAAUCAUACAAUAACACUGCAAGCCUUGAAUCAGCAUAAACUAUGCAAUUUUUUCAUACUUUGUAAAUUGUAAUAUAUUUCAGUGCCUUGUAUUUGUUAUAUAUUUUAUAAUUUUGUCUAUACACAGGUAUGGUCAUUUUGUUUUAUGAAUUGACUAUGAUGCACUGGUGCGUUCAUUGAUCAAAUUUAAGAUUUUAUAAUAAAAAUAAAACGAUCUAAAAUAUA